CACGUUCCUCUCCUUCCUAACAGGAUGCUAUCAUUGAAAAGACUUACGAGAGCGGUAUUGGGUGGAGAAGAAAGAAAAUAUUGGUCUUUCUUAUUGCAGAGAACAAUGAUGAACGGUGGUGAUUUAGUGGAUAACAAGUCCGCUGUUGGUGGCGGUGUUGAGGAUAUGUACGGUGAAGAUAGUGCCACGAUGGAUCAGCCUGUCACUCCUUGGACUGUCUCUGUUGCUAGUGGGUAUUCCUUGAUGCGGGACCCACGUCACAACAAAGGGCUGGCCUUCACUGAGAAAGAGAGAGAUGCCCACUACCUGCGUGGCCUUCUGCCCCCUGCUGUUUUCAGUCAGGAGCUUCAGGGGAAGAGGCUGAUGCAUAACCUUCGCCAGUAUAAAGUUCCUUUGCAACGAUACGUGGCCAUGAUGGAUCUUCAGGAGAGGAAUGAACGACUAUUCUACAAGCUGCUCAUUGAUAAUGUGGAAGAACUGCUCCCAGUUGUGUACACUCCAACAGUCGGUGAGGCUUGCCAAAAAUAUGGGAGCAUUUUCAGGCGCCCUCAGGGUCUUUACAUCAGUUUGAAAGAGAAGGGGAAGAUUCUUGAAGUAUUGAAAAACUGGCCUGAGAGAAGUGUUCAAGUUAUUGUUGUCACUGAUGGUGAGCGAAUUUUGGGACUUGGUGAUCUGGGUUGCCAGGGAAUGGGUAUACCUGUAGGAAAGCUUUCCCUGUACACAGCUCUGGGAGGAGUCCGUCCCUCAGCAUGCUUGCCUAUAACUAUUGAUGUUGGGACAAACAAUGAGAAGUUGUUAAAUGACGAGUUUUAUAUUGGGCUUAAACAAAGGAGGGCAACUGGACAGGAAUAUGCUGAACUUCUUCAGGAGUUCAUGUCUGCAGUUAAGCAGAAUUAUGGAGAGAAAGUCCUAAUACAGUUUGAAGAUUUUGCAAACCACAACGCAUUUGAGCUAUUGGCAAAAUACAGUUCUACUCAUCUUGUUUUCAAUGAUGAUAUACAGGGCACAGCGUCUGUGGUGCUGGCAGGGCUUAUUGCAGCCCUGAAAUUACUUGGUGGAACUCUUGCUGACCAUAGGUUCUUAUUCCUGGGUGCAGGAGAGGCUGGAACUGGUAUAGCUGAGCUCAUAGCUCUUGAGAUGUCAAAACAGAAUGGAAAUCCAAUUGAAGAGAACCGCAAGAAGAUUUGGCUUGUAGACUCAAAGGGAUUAAUUGUUGACUCUCGUAAGGAGUCACUUCAACACUUCAAGAUACCUUGGGCUCAUGAGCAUGAACCUGUCAGGAAACUCGUAGAUGCUGUCAAGGCAAUCAAGCCAACUAUCCUGAUUGGAACAUCUGGGGUAGGAAAACAAUUCACAAAGGAGGUUGUUGAGGCCAUGGCAUCCUUCAAUGAGAAACCUCUUAUCAUGGCUCUAUCCAACCCUACCUCACAAGCCGAGUGUACCGCAGAAGAAGCAUAUACAUGGAGUGAGGGUCGAGCAAUCUUUGCCAGUGGAAGCCCAUUCGACCCCUUUGAAUAUGAUGGCAAAGUCUUCGUGCCUGGCCAGGCAAACAAUGCUUACAUAUUCCCUGGAUUUGGUUUGGGUGUGAUAAUUUCUGGUGCAAUUCGUGUUCAUGAUGACAUGCUUUUGGCGGCCUCGGAAGCUUUGGCUUCACAAGUGACAGAAGAACACUUUGCAAAGGGACUGAUAUACCCACCAUUCUCCAAUAUCAGAAAGAUAUCAGCGAAUAUUGCUGCUAAAGUUGCAGCCAAGGCAUAUGAACUUGGUCUGGCUUCUCAUCUUCCUCAGCCUGAGGAUCUCGUUAAAUAUGCGGAGAGCUGCAUGUACAGCCCAGUCUACAGAACCUACCGUUGAAAGUGAAGCAGAGUCCUAUACUUUGUUAGUCUGCGAUUUGCAGGGCUCACUUCGUUUUGCUCAUGUUUUCUCCCAAUUUUCCUUUAAUUUUUUUUCUCCGUUUCUCUAUGGCUCAUUUAUUGUUUAUCCCUUCUGUUUCUGUUAUCUCUCUAGUUCUUGUAAUUGAGGUUUAUGGCAUAGCUAUUAGCCUAUUAGGACCUAUUAAUUUUUUUUUUCUUUCCAUAGAAAUUUUUGGGAGAACUCUUAUAUUUAGUCCUAUUUGAAAUGAAUCACGACAUUCAGUCCUUUUUA